AUGCAACGACGUCUUGAGGUCCGCCUGUUGUUGUACAAGCGUUUCGUUUCACUCAUUCCCGUAUCGAUUACGCCGACCGACGAGUCGUCCGACCGCUCGAUCGCCAAACAGAUCAACGAUUUAGAUAUUUCUGAGACGGAAACCGACGAAUUCUCGUUUGAAUUGUCGUCCGAAGAGACCAACAAUACGGUGAAUAUCGGCGCCAAUGAGUCGAGCGAUAAAACCCCUGAACAGAUGGAGAUCGAGAAGUUGUGGUCACUUCAGGAGAAACUGAAAAAAGCCAAAGACAGGCAGGAAAUCAUGAAACAAACGGUUGACUUUCAUUUGGCAGCUCCUAACACUAUGUCGGGGCCAUACACCACGGGCUGUGUGAUGAAUGAAUUGAAUGGUUUGAAGACUCGCGGCAUUCAGACGACCAAACCGUUGACGUUCACCGACGACCACAUCGGGAAUGUGGGCAAAGCGGCGAUGGAGGCCAUCGACUAUCUGACGACCAAACCGUUGACGUUCACCGACGACCACAUCGGGAAUGUGGGCAAAGCGGCGAUGGAGGCCAUCGACUAUCUGGUCUCUGCCUUCAACGACAAGAGUCUGAAGUUAAAGGCCAUCACAUCGAAGGGAUCUCUUCUGGAAUCGAUUAAUUUCAUCAGCGAAUCCAUUACUGAUACACAGGGCAAUUCAAACGACGACUUCAUUCUCAGCGCAUGUUUUCAUUUUAUUAAAGACGAACCCAAAGACAAGGCAACCAAAGAGAGUGCUAUGAAUUCAAACGAGUCGAACAGUAUAUUCCGUGAAGUGGUUCUCCUGACCGACGACCGGAACCUACGGGUGAAGGCGUUGGGCCGUAACGUUCCGGUCAGGGGUUUACAGCAUUUCGUGAAGUGGGCGGCCAUUCGGCCGGCGGUCGACCCGAAGCGACCCAAACAACACUAAUUUCAAUUAUGAUUCAAUUCAAGAGUUAAAUCUGUGGCAAAACAAACGCCCGACUCGUGUCGUCACUCUCAGAAUCGACAACAGUAUUGCCAACAAAUGAUUAAACACUGGAUUUGAGUUAAGAUAACUGUAAACACUUAAAACUUGACCCAAAGUUAUUAUUAUUAUG